CCGCCCUGCUGUAAUAUGCACUGCGUGAACAAUCGGCUCUCUGGAGACUCUCCGGGAUGAUCGAGGCGUUUCCAGCCGCCGUCUGGACUCCGGAUCAGCCGACAGCGCCCAGGCUCGUUCCUCCGCUCCGCAGCUCCAGGCGUUCCGAGGACAUGGAGUGCGAGCGCGACGCAAACAUGUAGCGCUUUACCGCCUUCAAUCUCCAACUAAACAACCAGGAUGAAGCAGGCGGCCAGGAUGAAGAUCAGCCCCGUGUCUGCAAAGGAACCUCGCUCUGGUUUUUAAUCAAUCUGACUCUUUCUUUACAAGCGGAGACGUUUUCUUUUUUUCUUUCUUAAAAAAGAAGUGGGGAUGAAGAAGGUGGAUUCUGGAUUGUGGAAAUCCUUUCCGGAUACUCGGAUCUCUUUCACUUUAUAUCCAAAUCAAUUGUCGGGAACAAAAGCAAAGGACAAAGUUGUUUUUUUGUAUCGUUUUUCUUGAAAGAAUUACACCUCCAUGUGAUUUUCUGGAUUUUUUUUGGAUUCAUAAAAAACCUGCAUCAUAUUUGCUGUCAUUUUUUUGUGGCCCGUUAUUUAAACUUGGGCUUCACUUCAUAUGAUCCCUUUUAAUUAAUACAUAACAGCUCACAAUUAACAGACUUUUUUAUUAUUCUUUUCAAUACGGAUUUAUUACAUUCUGCCUUUCCGACAUUUUAUUCUUUACAGUAAAAAGAAUUAUACAUCCUGAACUUUUCUUUAAAAAAAAAGUAUUAUAUGAAGAUGGAUAAAAAACAGUCAGGAGAGAUGACAGUCCUCCAUGUGGGCCUUUUUGCUUUGGUUCUGCUCAGUCCUGUUACUGCGGCUCAGACUGAGGAAAGGGAGUGUGCAUAUGCCGAGCAGCAGGAUCUCUCCAAGCGCAUCGAUGGAGGAGGAGAGGGACGUGUCUUCCUGGAAAACAACACCAUUCGCUGCAGCCAGAGUAGGCGGUGCUACGGGCUGUGGGAGAAAAAGCAGAACGGAGUGCAUCUGGUCAAACAAGGUUGCUGGGGUUCUCAGGGUGACCAGCGGAUGUGCCAUGAUGAUCGUUGCCAGGUGACCGAGCCUCCCUCUCCAAUCCAAAAUGGCAUCUACCGUUUCUGCUGUUGUAGCAAAGACAUGUGCAACCUGAACUUCACUGAGGACUUUCCUCCACCCAGAUCCACUGCUGAACCUCAAGUCUGUGAGUUCACUUGCCAUUUCUAUCGAGAGGAGGCCAUCUUGAUUGCCUUGGCAACCGUCUCUAUGGUAGCCAUCCUGAUUGUGCUGGUCUUUUUUUGCCUCCGUGUACUGAGAGGACGUGCUAAACAGAGUCUCCACAACCUGAACAUGUUAGAGGCUGCUUUCUCUCCUCCAUCGCUGGACCUGGACAGUCUGAAGCUCCUGGAGCUCAUCGGGCGUGGUCGGUACGGGUCGGUGUACCGCGGCUCCUUGGACGAACGUUCUGUGGCGGUCAAAGUCUUCUCUAGUGUCAAUCGUCAGCCGUUCGUUAACGAGCGCUCCAUUUACCGCCUCUUGCUGAACCACGACAACAUCACACACUUCCUGGAGACGGAGGAACGAGUCGGGAGCGACGGACAGCUCGAGUACCUGCUGAUCAUGGAUUUCUACCCGCAUGGUUCUCUCUGCACGUAUCUGAGUUCGAGGACAAUGGACUGGAUGAGCUGCUGCCGUCUGGUCGUCUCCGUCACCAGAGGCCUGGCUUACCUUCACACAGAGCUGGUGAGAGGAGACGUCUACAAGCCUGCCGUCUCCCACAGGGACCUGAACAGCAGGAACGUGUUGGUGAAACCAGACGGCUGCUGUGUGAUCAGUGAUUUUGGCUUGUCCAUGGCUUUGACAGAAAAGAGACAGUCAGGCCAUGCAGAGGAAGAAAACACGGCCAUCAGUGAGGCGGGCACGGUGCGGUACAUGGCGCCGGAGGUCCUGGAACGAGCUGUGAAUCUUCGAGACUGUGAAGCUGCACUAAAACAAGUGGACGUUUAUGCCCUCGGUCUGCUGUACUGGGAAUGCUUCAUGCGCUGUGCCGAUCUAUUCCCAGGUGAAACGGUGCCCACGUUUCAGCUGGCCUUCCAGACUGAGGUGGGGAAUCGUCCGACCAUAGAGGAAAUGCAGGUGUUGGUGUCCCGACAUAAACAGAGACCCAAAUUUCCAGAAGCUUGGAAGGAGAACAGUCUGGCCGUGCGCUCUUUGAAGGAGACGAUGGAGGACUGCUGGGAUCAGGACGCAGAAGCUCGACUCACAGCUCAGUGUGCGGAGGAGCGACUGGCUGAACUGCUUGUCCUCUGGGAAAGAGAAAAAUCCACAAGUCCUGCUGUAAACAUCAGCACAGCUCUGCAUAAUCACAGGAACUUGUCACAUGGAAAUCAAGCACCAAAGACCGGCUCCUACCCAGAAACCUCGUCUUCAGUUACUAUUGAGGAGCGAGAGGGCAGAGCUAAACCUCCUCAAAGUGAUGCAUCUACAGAAUCUGCGCUGAUGGGAGGAGCUGCAGAGAAGAACAGGAACUGCAUCAACUUCGAGCGACAGCAGGCCCAGUCUGGGAUGUCAGGGCUAGACAGUGCCACGCCCGUCCCACUCUCUAAACCCCUCCCUGUGGUGGGCGGCGGACGGCCCACUCACACCCAGCUUACACAGGAAGACCUCGAGACCCCUAAACUCGACCUGAGUGAGGUGCAGCGGAACUUGCGCGAGAGUUCCGACGAGAGCCUAAUGGAGCACUCGCAAAAACAGUUCAGCUCCAGUGAAACAACGCGCUCACAUAGCCCCUUCUACCCACUCACGGACAUGACUGCUGACAUCACAGUAUCGCAGGUUCCCGUGCCCACGUCUGUCCUGCCCAAGCAGCAAAAUGUCCCAAAGAGACCCAGCAGUCUGAGUCUACACUCUAAACCUGCCACGGCUUCGUCUCUCAGGAUGAAGUUCGGCAAGCUGAGCAAAAGCAAUCUGAAGAAAGCUGACGUGGGUGUGGCCAGAACGAAAUCCGCCCCUGAGCCGCACCUGGUUAAGGUCGUCGCCAACAACGCUGUUUCGUCAAUAAUGGCGAAUUUAAAUACGCAGGGGCCAUUAGGGGGCGCCGUGAGCUCUGCUGAAUCUCAGGGUAAAGAUGGUGCGAGCUCGGAUGAAAUGAGCUUCGGAAUCCUGACUGCCAGUCCGGACGAACAGGAACCACUGCUGAGGAGAGACACACAACUGGAAAACAACACCAACAACAACAACAGCAAUAACAAUGGCGGAGAUGGCGAGGGAGACGGAGAGAGUGAGGGCGGAACAGGAGAGGGAGGAGAAACCGGAGAGAACGCUGCACUAGUCGGAGAGACCUCUAUGUCUGUAACAGAAGCUCCUGUGCCACCGCCUCCUUCACGCCCACCUGCCCCACCCAUGACCACACCUGAGCCCACUCCUGUGACCCUGACACAGGGAGAGGCACUGCUCAGGCAGAACCGUGGACGUAGACCAGAGAGACCAAACUCGCUUGACCUGUCCAUCACCACACUUCCCUUACUGGGAGGCCACUCAGACUGCGACGGGAACGAGGGAUCAGGAGACAAGAUUAAAAAACGAGUGAAGACCCCCUACGCCCUAAAGAAGUGGCGUCCAGCGACUUGGGUCAUCACUACGGAUACGCUGGAUGCCGAAGUGAACAACAAUAAGUGUCCCGGAGGCCAGAACCACAACGCAGGACCCAGCAGGGCCAGAUCGACCUCCGCGGUUUACCUGCGAGGCCGAGGGGGUAUGGGCUCCAGCUUCACCACUGACCCCAAUGACUGCACCUUUUAAAGCUCGGAUUUCCCUCAGAGACCCUUCUUAGAUUCGAUCCGUGCUCGAUCCAGAACCUGAAGCUAGAGUCCAGUGGAGACUGCACUUGGACUUGGGAAAGAAUUUUAUUUGUGGGAAUAAGCACAGCUGUGUACCUGUUCAGUGUUACUGUUUUAUCUCAUAUCUCUGGUGUGUGUCUGUGUAGGGGUUUUUCUUCUUUUGCACUUGAACCCGAGGGCUGAUUUACUCUUCUGCAUCCAACUUCAUAUUUACAUAUGAUAUAGAUGUGUACACUAGGGGGCAGUGUUGCAUGUACACCGUCAGAACGUUGUACAGUGACCUGAACAGAGUUUGGAGAAAACCAGGAAUACUUUGACUCCACAGAGGUGCCAACAUUAAUGGUUCAGCUCUUGUUUUUAUAAAUAGGCGACAUGGGGGUCACCUGAAUAUAACGCUAUUGAAAUAAAAAGCAGUGGAACGCAAAAGAUGCAAGCGACUAUUUCAUCAUCUGAGGUUUGAGCGUUAAUAUGGUCAGGUGAUUCCUUGCUAAAAACAACUUUGCUGUAGUUUAUAAAUCAUUUUUGAGAUACUGGAGCACAAUAUUUAUAACCCAUCUCAUUAUUAAAUCCUAGCAAAUGCCAGAAGGGACCUUCUGCCAAUUUAAAACUUGUCCUUCACUCAUAUUAAUUUGUGCAUGUGGAAGUGAUUUUCAGGUUUGGUAAAUCACUUGGUUGCAUGUGAUGAAUUCAUUCCUUUAAAGCUUGUUAGUUUAGCAGCUCUAUGGCGAUACUGGAGACAGAUGAAUAUAUUCCCCUGUCGAAAAAAAAAGCAGUGGGACGCAUAAAUCGCUUUCAUAGGAAAACAGUUGGACUCUUUAUUAGUCUGUGAGCCAAUAGAAAACAAGUAGGCAAAGCUUUAAGCUAGUUUUUCAUCUGAAAAAAAAAAUAUAUAUAUAUAUAUAUUCGUAGUACGCAGCACUGGACUGAACUGGAAUUUUACAUCUUAGUUUUCGUACUGGAAAAGACUCAGCACAUUACGCCAGGGUUUUAUGAUCGACAUCUGUUUUUUUUUGUCUCCUGCGAUGUUGGCAGCUCUUUGGAGUCCAUUAUAAUGUAACACCUCACUGCAUUGGUAAUGCAACAUUUUGUUUAUUGUACCUGGUCUCAUAUUUUAUAUCAUCGUCACCAGAUACACUUCCAUACACACAUCUUUCACAGGAAGUAUAAAUCAGUCCCGACAAUCGUACAAUUCCUCUUUGACCAUGAUAUAAUUAGGGUCACUAAACGAUAGAAAACGACGGAGAGAUGAGAGCAUUGUUGUAACGUUUUUUAAAAUUGUUGUAACCAAUAUAUAAAAGAGCACAUUAUGGUA